CUCGGCAUGUGCGGCGCUUCAUUCUCGCUCAAACUGACGCCGCAACCUGCAACUGGCCGGAUCACAGCAGACAGAGGGAGCGAGAGGAUUUAUUUUAUUUAUGGCCGGGCUAAAUAUAGUUAAACCUCCUUUUUUGUGUGUUCUCAGCAUCAGUGGGGCAUUUUAGAAAGAAGUGGGCGUAUGUGUGUGUGUGUGUGACCAUGCGGGGAUGAAGAAGUGCUGCUGCUGAGUUUUGUUAUUAGGUUUCUCCGGGGCGGUGCUGCUGCUGCUGCUGAUCCUGCUGCUGUCAUGGUUUUCUGGGAGUGACACGAAAGUUUUUUUCGGGGGUGGGGGAUGAUUUUACGCGCUUGAAAUAUUCCAGCUGAGGUUCAGACUUUUGAAACCGGUUCAGUUUUUUCCCUCCCCGAUUUUAGUUAAAAAACAAAUCUUGGUGAUAUUCUGGAGGUUUGAUUCAUAUUUUGUCUGGACUCUCAAGAGGCUGCAGACCCUUGAGAGCGUGGAGAUGAACUUUGGAAAUUUCCUUCUUGUGUCACUCAUCACCAUCGCAUCAGGGUCCCGGGCACGGUUUGAAGACAGCGCACCUCGGAUUGUGGAGGACCCCUCUGAUUUGAUCGUGUCCAAGGGGGAGCCUGCCACCCUCAACUGCAAGGCAGAGGGCAGACCCUCUCCCAGUAUAGAGUGGUACAAGGAUGGCGAGCGUGUAGAGACGGACAAAGAUGACCCCCGAUCUCACCGCAUGCUCCUGCCCAGCGGCUCCCUCUUCUUUCUACGCAUCGUACACGGACGCCGGAGCAAACCAGACGAGGGUGUCUACACCUGUGUGGCCCGCAACUACCUGGGAGAGGCCAUUAGUCGCAAUGCUUCACUGGACGUUGCAAUCCUGAGAGAUGAUUUCCGGCAGGCCCCGAGCGAUGUGGUGGUGGCUGCUGGUGAGCCUGCAGUGUUGGAGUGUGUUCCUCCACGUGGUCACCCUGAGCCCACUGUGUCCUGGAAACGCAACAACGUCAGAGUCAGCACUAAGGAUGAACGCAUCUCUAUGCGUGGGGGCAAACUGAUGAUCUCUCACACCAGGAAGAGCGAUGCAGGCAUGUAUGUUUGUGUGGGUACAAACAUGGUUGGAGAGAGGGACAGUGAUCCUGCAGAGCUAGUGGUAUAUGAGCGACCGGUGUUGGUACGGAGGCCGGUGAACCAGGUGGUCAUGGAGGAAGAGACUGUCGACUUCCUGUGCGAAGUCCAUGGAGAUCCCCCUCCAACUGUCCGAUGGCGGCGAGAGGAAGGGGAGCUUCCCCGUGGGAGGUUUGAAAUCCGAAACGGCAACAGCCUUCGUUUGUUCCGCGUGAAAGAGCAGGAUGAAGGGACGUAUACCUGCACAUCUGAGAACAGUGUGGGGAAGACAGAGGCCUCAGCCAUGUUGCAGGUCCAUGUCCCACCCCAGAUUGCCACAAAGCCCCGUGACCAGAUUGCCACCCAGGGGAGGAGCAUCAUGUUUCAGUGUGGUACCACAGGAAACCCUCCACCUGCCAUCUUCUGGCAGAAAGAGGGCAGCCAGAUGUUGUUGUUCCCCGGCCAGCCGCCAUCACAGUCUGGCCGUUACUCCGUCUCCAUGAGUGGAGAGCUGACGAUCACAGACGUCCACCCCGAGGACUCUGGUUUCUACAUCUGCCAGGCCAUCAGUGUAGCAGGAAGCGUGUUGACCAAGGCACUGCUUGAGGUGGAGGGAGGUCCUUCAGGUCGUGUCCCGCCGAUUAUUCGCCAAGGUCCGGCCAAUCAGACUGUAUCUCGGGGUGCGACAGCGCAGCUGCACUGCCGUGUAAUCGGAGGGCCCUCAGUAAAGAUUGCAUGGGAGAAGGAUGGAGAGAGACUUCUGGGAAAUAAACCUCGACUGACCUUGAUGGAGAAUGGCACUUUGCAAAUCACAGACAUAAAGGACACUGACUCGGGGAUGUACACGUGCACGGUAUCCAGCGCCACAGGGGAGUCGAGCUGGAGUGGGAUGUUGACUGUCAGAGAGGACGGAGUUUCGUCUGUAUCCAGAGCAUCCGAGUUCAUCCAGCUUCCUGGGCCUCCGCAGAAGCCUGUAGUGACAGAGGUGACCAAAAACACGGUCACCCUCACCUGGCAGUCCAACCCUCACGAAGGCGGUGCCGCCGUCACUUCCUACAUUAUUGAGGCCUUCAGCCAAUCUGUGGGCAGCACCUGGCAAACAGUGGCGGACCACGUGAAGCAGGAGAGGCACACAGUCAUCGGACUCUUCCCAAACACUGUUUAUCUAUUUAUCGUUCGAGCAGUCAACUUGUACGGCCUCAGUGACCCCAGUCCAAUCUCUGAGCCUGUCAGGACUCAGGACGGGAGUCCUGCAGAACAGGGCGUGGACCACAGACAGGUGCAGAGGGAGUUAGGAGAGGUGUCUGUCUACCUGCAGAAGCCUGUGGUUCUGUCUCCUACCAGUGCCAGGAUUUCUUGGACUGUUGCCCUUCAGUCUCGGUACAUUCAGGGUUAUCGGGUAUUUUACCGCACUAUCGGCAGCUCCUGGUUGGUCCAGGAUGUGGAGGCCACGUCUGACCACAGCGUCAUAUUAGUAGAUCUGUACAGCAACACUGAGUAUGAAGUCAAGAUACGCCCUUACUUUAAUGAGUUACAGGGACAUGACAGCCUGAUGGUUCUACUUCGCACGCCUGAGGAGGUUCUAAGUGCAGCUCCGCAGGCUGUCUCUGUGGUUCAGCUCACCAACAGCUCCAGUAUCAGUGUGUCCUGGGAGCCUCCGCCUCACAAUACUCAGAGCGGCAUCAUUCGAGAGUACAAGGUCUGGUGUCUUGGCAGCAGCUUGGAGACGGAGAACCAGAUAAACCGAACAGUGGAUGGAGCGGUUCUGUCCAUCUUGCUGACAGGCCUACUGCCUGAUGUCCGCUACACGGUGGUGGUGGCUGCUGUCACCAGUCUGGGUGUGGGUGCUCAAAGCCCACCUGUCAACCUGCUCCUCACUCUCCCUCUGGACAAGACUUCAACACCUAAGAAGAAAGGCAGUAACCUCAGCAUAUCAGAGCAGAUCACAGGCGUCGUCCGCCAGCCGGCCUUCAUCGCAGGGCUGGGAGUGGCUGCAUGGUUGGUGCUGAUGGGCUUCAGCGGUUGGCUGUACUGUCGACACCGCAGGAGGAAGCAGCUGGGACACUACACCACCUCCUUUGCGUACACACCGGCUGUUGGAUUUGCUCACAGUGAAGGAUCUGGAAUCAUCAAUGGAGGGCCUGGCUUGUUAGGAUCAAAUAUGGGGAACUACCCCUGGCUAGCCGACUCUUGGCCCACUCCGAACCUCACUCACAACAGCAAAGACUCUGUCAACUGCUGCUCUGGCAAACUGGAUUCAGACAGAUAUUAUAACUCAGUUGGCAUCAUGAACUACCCGAACCAGUCAGAGAAACACAGCACGGCAUCCAAUGACAGUCCCAUCUACAGCACUAUCAACACAGCUGCUGAGGAUGACUUGCUGGCGUACUACGACACCUACUCCAGUACGUCGUACAACCAGGGUCCAGACCCGUACAGCAGCAAUCCAGUACUGUCAAACAUUGGCAUUGCAGGUCUGGAGCUGGACCUGGACCAGUGGACCAUCCAGUCUGGUCAGUCUGGGUCUGAAUAUGCCAAGCUCCACUAUACCACCAAGAAAAGCAAUGACAAACUGGUAAAGCAGAGGUCCGCUGGGUCCUCUUCCAGGUCAGCUCCUCUCACCUGGGUGGAUGUUUUGUCGCUGCCUCUUCCUGCCAACAAAGACAGAGGUCAGACGAAGACAGACAAAGAAGAGCAACACAGCUCUGAGGAAGAGGAUGACAACUGGUGUCCUCCACUGCCAGCCAGAACCUACCUGAUGGAAACCUCCAGGGAGGAACUCUCCAGCCCACCCUCAAAACCAGAUGAGUUGUCCUGCGCAGCAACACUAAAAUCUUCCCCCCAGCGAGAGACACACAAGCUCAGCGACAGUCCGCGGCUGCAGCAUAUUGACCUCCUGGCUCGUCAGCACUCCCAGGUCUCCCAGUCCAACCCAGAUCUGUUUACCAGCACCAAGACCCGGGUUGCCGGGGAGUUGUACCACACCAGCCAAUGGGCAGAAGAUUUCAAGGGGGAAAGCCUUGGAAAAGGACAAUCUCCUGCUCCAGCUGCUGAGUCGAGCCCCACAGCCCAGGCACACAGAUCCAGGAGUAAGAAGAAAACACCCAAGGAUGGACAAGUCAGGCGAGAGCUACAUGGCCAAGCAGAACUUCCCCCUCCACCAGCCCCGCCCCCCACAGAUGACUCCCUGCAGCUCUUGGCUGAUGUUUUGAGCCGCAGCCGAACAGACACUGAAAGAAAAGAGGGGAGCGAUUCGCCUACUCUUCAGAGAAGGGGAGAACAUUUCUCACCCCAAAGGAGAGGAGCUGCAAAGUGGUUAUCGCAGGAUGAGAAUGUAAUCCCAUAUGGACAGUCCAGCUUCAUGCCCCAGGCCCAGAUGUCAGGCUACGGAUCCCUGGGUGGAGGAGUUCUUUCACGAACCUCCACCGCCGGUCGGAGGAGGGAUGAGAAUCUCAUGUAGACAGACACCGAUUACAUGCCAUGACAUCCUGCUUUUCCUCCAUAAUUUCCUGUCUUCGCGAACCAUCAAUCUGUUGCCAUGGUUUCUCAAAAAACUGAAGACUAAAGGGAAAGCAUCAAGGCUUGCCAUCUGCCUUUUCACAAACUAUUUUUGUUUUAAUCUUAAUGAUUUCAUCUUUAUUUUUUGUGACUUCCUUCACCUUUUCUCUGUGUAUAUAGAUAGACAUCUUUGCUAUUUUUUAAAGAUGUGAUCAGAUGUGCUACUGAAAAUGGAUCUGGGCCUCAAAAAAAUAAUGUAUUUUUAGGCAAUGGGAAGUUAAUGUAACUAUGGAAUUACUGUACAGCAGAUUAAUGAAUGUAUCUUCUGUUUACUCCUGACUAUGAAACCAUGAUAAUGUGAGUGUUUGACGAACGACUGAAAAAGACAUGAGGCAGAAAAUGUGUUAAUAAAUCAUUAUGCGGGAGUGCGUGCGUGCGUAUGCGUGUCAGUGCAUGUUGUAGUGUUUGUGUGUGUUACUGUUUUGA